AUGUCUGACUGCUUGUAUGAAAAGGCGAUGGGAAAAGACCCCGCUGUUCCCCUUGCGAGCGAGGAUCCCGCGAUUGUCUUUGGGUCCAUGAGGUCGGUCCAGUCACUUCGCCAAGCCCUGCUAGCUCCGUGGUAUGAUCUCAACGACAGCAAGCGGCAUUUCACAGAUGUCGUUCCUGUCCGAGCGCGGUAUAAUCCACUACUGCUCAGUUCCAUCCUUGCAUUUGCAGCUGCCAAUCAGCACCGUACUGUCCAAGACCAUGUCUAUUUGGACAUGGCAGAGUUCUAUCAUUAUGAUAGUGUUCGCAGACUUAUAUCCUUGACCAACAAUGUGGACCAGCUCCCUAUUGGAGAGACGCUCGCCGCGAUAUGUCUUCUUCGGUCUUAUGAGAUCAUCACACCAAAUCGCCAAAUUCACCCCAAGGCCGAUCUUAUCAGCGCUGGAUACUGGAAUUAUCUUCGUGAAGACAUCACUGUUGCACUUAUCGAGCAACGCGGGCUUAUGAUUACUCUCUCAGAUCAAAAUAAGCCUCCAGAAUUAUCUGAUGACACAGACCAUGCUAACUACGUUACCUUUCUUUUGGGUAAGAUUAUCAACCGGUGUUUGUCCAUUGAUUCCCCAGCAUUGAGCCUCUCAGAAUGGGAGGCGAUAAAGGACGAACUUGGCAACUGGAAGUCAUCGCUUCCAUCAUCGUUUGAUGUAAUAGAGACCCCAGGGCUAAGGCCGCAGAGCAGCUUUUCAUCCAUAUGGACCCUUCGAAGCUGGCAUGCCAUGGGAAUACUCUGGCUCGCACAGCCCGCAGCUCGACCUUUGAAAGCAUUGCAGCGCAUGAACGACGUUGAAGAUCUGCACCGGAAGCUCGAAUCCCACGCAACUGAAAUUUGUGCUUUGGCCUGUUCAAGCGAUUCUGCCCCCGUGUGGGUUAAUGCGUUUGGGCCAAUAGCAUUCUGUGGCCCUUGGCUUCGAAAUGCCCAAAAACGGCUGGAGAUCGCAGAGGAAUUAAGGAAAUGGGGGGAAAUUACGGGCUGGCCUGUGUCCUUCGCUGCAGACGCGUUUUCUCCACCUGCGGCGACCAAUUCAGCGACUGCGCGGGAUACUAUACCAUAA